AUCAAACAUAUAAUAAUGUAUAGAACAGUUAUACUUGUGUUACUGAUGAUGUGCAUCUAUAAUGUAGAUGUAUCAACAGGUACACAUUAUAGAAGAAAUCGUAAUGACUAUGAUCAUUAUGUUGGUGCAGUAUUAGAGUAUGCACCUGUUAAUUAUAACUUCACCGGUGGUGAUCCUUCGGCCAAUGCCAUCACCUAUAUGACGCUUAACCUUGAUAUCUACCAACUAUAUGCUCAGGAGGCUGCCACUGCUGGCGCGCAGAUCAUCAUCUUCCCCGAAUACGGCAUCCUUGGCGUCAACUUUGACACACGCGACACCGUCUACCCAUACCUUGAGAACAUUCCCGAUCCUACUCAAUCUUUAUUCCCAAUCAUCCCAUGUGGUGACUCCGACUUUGAUGAUCGAGUUGUGCUGCAGACUCUCAGCUGCAUGGCAAUUAAGAACAAGAUAUACGUUGUUGCUGAUAUGGGAGAUGUCCAGCCAUGCACUAAUGAGACCACUCCAGAUUGCCCAUCAGAUGGUCGAUUCCAGUAUAAUACUUUGGUGUCAUUCUCAGCUGGUGGUCAGUUGUUGGCCAGAUAUCACAAGACUCACCUUUUUGGCGAAUCUUCCUACUUUGAUGCUGCCGCUCCUGAAGCCAUCACCUUUGAGACAUCGUUUGGCGUCACGUUUGGAAUGAUGAUUUGCUUCGACAUCAUGUAUGAACAGCCACAGACAAUGCUGUUGGAGAAGGGCAUCAAGCAUCUGUCGUACGCUUCGGCCUGGGACAAUGGCAACUACCUGUACGCCAGACAGAUGCAGCAGUCGUGGUCCUACCUCAACAGUGCCAACCUUUUGGCGGCCAACAUUGGCGAGAACUUCUUCACCAGUGGAUCUGGCUUGUACACUAGCGGCAAUGUCUUGGCCUCAACAGUCAAUCCAACAAUGGUGCCAGGUACCAAGCUACUGAUUGCCCGUCUGCCAGUCGAUCCCGUGCCAGCCAACGAGCACCGUCGCCGACACACACCAAUGCCCCUUGGCGAUCUCCCACCACAAGGACUGAACGGCUCCACUGUUGUACCAUUCACACCAGAGCCAACUGAGCAGGGUGUAGUCGUCGCCAGCAACAACGGUCUGGAGUGCACACUCAGCUACCAAAUGAGUGAGCAGCCCACUGGCGAACUGUUCGCACUGAUCAGCUACAACCAAGAGUUUGCAGACUACUUCAACCUUCAGAUAUGCUACCUGACAAAGUGUCUCAACAACACAUUGGAGGGCUGCCAGUACAUGGUGUUUGACAGCGAGACAAUGUUCUCAUCAGUGACCAUCAGUGGCAACUUUGACCUGACGCGCUAUCACCUCAACCCUACAGUCAACACCAUUCCAAUGGGCAACUUCCUCGACGGCUACACUAAUGGCACCAACUACUUUACUGCCCAGCAAAUCAAUGCUCCUCUGAUCUCGAUGAGUCUCAUGGGUAUCCAGUGGAUC